AUGUCUGCAGCGCGGCGGCUCGCACCCACGCUCCCCAAGCUCCGGCCCCGCCGCCGCCUAUGCUCCUCCUCCUCCGCCGUCGCCGCCGGCUCCUCCGCUGCCCCGACCGCCGCGUCGCUCCUCGACGACCUCCUCUCCGGAACGGGCCCCACCGCAUCCGCGCUCACCCUCCUCCGCGACACGCCCUCCCUCUCCGCUGCGCUGUACUCUCUCCUCGCGGCGCCAGCCCACGCCCUCACACCCGCCUCGCUCGCGCUCCUCCUCUCCCUGCCCUCCCGCCACCGCCUCCCGCCGCCCUCCGCGCCGCUCCUGUCCGCGCUCCUGUCGAAGCUCCUCGCGCGCUUUCCUUCCCCCGAGCCAGCCGCGCGGCUCCUCGGUGCCUCCCUCGCCGCGGGCGCCCCCGCGCCGGAUGUCUUCGCGUUCAACUCCGUCCUCGCGGCGCUCGCUCGCGCCCGAGAUGUCCCCGGCAUGGCACAAGUCUACGCCUCGAUGCAGACCUCCUCCGUCCGGCCCGACGUCGUCACCUACAGCAUUAUCGUCAACGGCCUCUGCAAGGCUGGCCGCGUUGGUGACGCGCUCAGGAUGCUCGACGGCAUGUCUCGCCAGGAUUCAGAUAUCCGGCCAGAUGUCGUGACUUUGAACACUGUUGUAGAUGGUUUGUGCAAGAGUGGCCAGGUCCAGGAGGCUGUCGCGUUUGUGGAGCAGCGGAUGAGAAGCGUGCAUGGGUGUCCUCCUAACACGGUCACUUACAACUGCUUGAUUGAUGCAUUCUGCCGUGUGGGGAAUGUUUCAAUGGCCUAUGAGUUGGUAGGGAGGAUGGAGAAUAAGGGUGUGGCACAAAACAUUGUCACCCUGAACACAAUUGUCGGUGGCUUGUGCCGGGCUGGGAGAGCUGGAGCUGCACUCGAGUUCUUCAGGGAGAAAAGAACUGUGUGGACAGAAGCCAAGGGAAAUGCAGUGACUUACAGCACUUUGGUUGGGGCUUUCCUCCACUCCAACAAUAUUGGCAUGGCCAUGGCAUUGUUCCAUGAGAUGAUGACUGAAGGGCAUUCACCAGAUGCAAUCAUGUAUUUCACUAUGAUAUCAGGAUUGACACAAGCAGGACGUCUGGAGGAUGCUUGCUCUAUGGCUUCCUCAUUGAAGAAAGCAGGCUUUAAGCUGGAUGCAAAGGCAUACAACAUUUUGAUUGCUGGAUUUUGCAGGAAGAAGAGGUUGCAUGAGGCUUAUGAACUUCUUCAGGAAAUGAAGGAGGUUGGUCUUCAGCCAGAUGUCUGCACCUACAAUACUUUGUUGUCUGGUUCAUGCAAGGCAGGGGAUUUCACAGCUGUGGAUGAAUUAUUGGGAAAGAUGAUCGAUGAUGGUUGUCAGCCUUCUGUGGUAACUUUUGGUACACUUGUACAUGGAUAUUGCAAAGCUGGUAAAAUUGAUGAGGCAUUGAGGAUUUUAAGGUCUAUGGAUGAAUCUGGUAUUCAUCCCAGCACCGUGAUAUACAAUACUCUCAUUGACUUCCUCGGCAAGAGCGGAGAUGCUGAUUUAGCCAUUCAGCUGUUUGAUGAGAUGAAGGAGAAGCAUGUGCCUGCAAAUGUAACAACCUUUAAUGCACUGUUGAAGGGACUUCGUGAUAAGAACAUGCCCGAAAAGGCUUUUGAACUUAUGGACCAGAUGAGGGAAGAGAGGUGCUUUCCUGAUUAUGUGACCGUGGAUGUUCUCAUGGAAUGGUUGCCUGUCAUUGGUGAAACAGAACGGUUGAAGCGUUUCAUGCAGCAAAGUGAGCAUACUGCAGCCAAAAGGGGAGUUCGUGACAGAAUCUCAGCUCAGUAGGCACUGUGAAAUGUGUCAUGCUACUCAGAAUGGAGGGGAAGCAUGACUUUUUCUUCAGAUAAUUCAUAUCAAGGUGACCUGGCUAAGGGGUGCAUUUUUUCAUGAAGGACAAUUGAUCCAGGAACAAUGCAUUUAAUCAGCUAAUUUUAUCUGCCUUGGUACUCUGGGCCCUGUGACUUCCUGAUCAAUAAGUUGAAUGCAGUGAAGAAAAGGGUACAAAUCUGUGUUAAAAAAUGGCUUCACAAUUACAGCUCUAUAACGCGUGCUCUAUGGCUCAUCAUCACCAAAGUGCACAAAACGCAGACAGUAACAUGCAGCUGUAGAGUGAAGUCCAGUGAAGCAGUAAUAUUUCAACAUGGGAGGCUGGCGGUGGUACACUUCUAUAGUUCUAUGUAUAUAUUGAAUUGAUGACAGCCAUGCACGACUUGCUCCUGCCCUGUGUUUCUGCCAUUACUACAAAGUCAUCAGCUACUAACCAUCAGUUACCAAGCGUGUAUGGAAGACAACAGAAGCCAAACUGGCAUGAUUUUGGCAUCCUGUUUCCCUCGUCGGUGCUGAAGCAAUCUCAUGGUCAGGGAGGUGUGCAUGUUUUAUCCCUCAGAAUCAUGAAAUCCCAUAAAUGAAGAGAGAUUGGGCAGCAUUAAUUAAUUGCGGACUUUUCUGUAUUACUUGUUCCGCGGGGAGGUGACAAUUUGGCAAUGGAAUGCGUCCAUCCUGGAAAUGAAGCUGGAAUGAGACGGUCAACUGUAACAACGACAGAGUCUCAUCCAGGAUAUUUUUCACUGUGCAGAGCUGCUUGAUUGCUACUGUGUACUCCAGUAUCUCCCUGUAGAAAAAUGCUUCAGGGUGGGCAGCAUCUAUCUUGACCCUAUGGGCUUUGGCUUGUUUGCGAGUUUUGGAGGGAAAUGGUCGAGGAAAAUUGUUGCUGUGCCUGCGACCUAGUGCUACUUAUCGCCAAGUCAAAUUGUCCAGCCAUGCAGCACUGGGAAAAUUCAUGGCCCAUCACGCAGGCAGGAAGGCAGAGAUCGAGUUGUACAAGUCACAAUCUCCUCUUUGUCUGAAGUGGUCAUAGGUUUGCUUUAUGCCUUAAACGUGUCACAAGGGGCCAUUGUCAGGUCAAAUAUCAUCCACGUACACAGUAAUUAUCACUACUGUGAUUUUUUUUCGUGUAUAAUUAGGGUUUGAAAACCAGUGUUAAGUGAUGAUUAACUGACAUGUAUGCAUUGUCAGAUUUCGUGCUCCUCUCGAACUCUGGCAAGUUUCAAAAAUA